UUCCGGGUGGUAGUUGAUGCAGUUGAAGUUGUUUUGGAUCUGCAAUGGCAGAGGAUCCUGCGCUGUCUCUCCGGGUUUCGGAGAUUAAGGAUCCAACGGCUCUCUUCGAGCGUUAUAACACAGAGGAGAUCCGCGGAAUUGAACGCAAAGUCCGCGGGGAGAUUGAACAGAAGAAAGAGGAGCUGAGGCAAAUGGUGGGUGAACGCUACAGAGACCUGAUCGACGCUGCUGACACCAUUGGAGAGAUGAGGCAGUGCUCAGAGAGUGUCGUUCAGUCCAUCCAAGACAUGCACCAGUAUUGUCAUAGUCUGAAGAGAGGCAAAAUCGGUGUGAGCAGAAGCAAAGAGGAGAACCAAAGGCAAUGGCAGGAGAAGUUCUACUCCAUGGCCUCCCAGAUCAAGCUCCUCUUAGAGAUCCCAGAGCGUAUUUGGAGUGCCAUGGAAGCCUCCCAGUACCUCAAGGCCACCCAGCUCUACCUUCUUUGCUGCCACCUUCAUAGGCUGCUGCAACUAGAGGCUGCUACAGGGGGGCACUACAGCCCAGUCCUGUCUCGAUUCCCGAUCUUGGUCCGACAGGUAGCCACCACUGGGCAUUUCAGGUCCACUAUUCUAAUGGACAGCAGGUCACUUCUGCAAGGCCGGGCAGUGUCAGACCAAGCUAUUGCUGAGGCCCUGGUAGCCACCAUGCUGUUGGAGGGUAGCUCUCCACGUCAAGCCCUGGCUGACUUUUUGCUGGCUCGGAAGGCCUCUAUUCAUCAGCUGCUCAACCAACCACAGCAUGGUGCAGGGAUCAAGGCCCAGGUGUGCAGCCUGGUGGAGCUGCUUGUCACCACCCUGUUCCAGGCCUAUGCAGUCUUUUACAUGCCCCCAGAGGGAACCCCAAGACAAGGAGAGACCCUGAGCUGUGGCAUGCUUUUCUCCAUCUUGGAGAUUGCUACCUCCACCCCACCUGCAGGAAAAGGCAAGAGAGUGAUGCAGGAAGAGACGAGUACAGGCAGCUGGUUCAAGUUCCUGCCUCCCUCCAUCACUGAGUUCCAGCCCGCCCUUCGCACCCUGGCUCAGCCUAUCCAGAGAGAGCAGCUCCGGGACACCUUGCAGCAGUGGAUUGAUACCUGUAAGGAGGUUAUCUGCUGUGGAGUUGGAAGCCUUCUGGUCUAUGUAAAGAGCUUGAAGGGGUUAGCAGCAAUAAGGGAUGCUGUGUGGGACCUCCUGUCCACAGACUCCAUUAGUCAGCAUUGGAGCACUGUAUGCCAGCGACUACUGGAGCGACCACUGGCUGUCUGGGAUGACUUUCUGCAACAGCUUUUCCUACAGCGCCUAAAGGCAAUUACUAAAGAAGAAACAGAAACCAUCUCAUCGAGCUCUGUUCAGCUCCUCACCUCAGCUGUGAGGGAUUUGGAGGGCCAGACCACCCAUACUUCUUCAUAUAAUAGCCCCAGCUUUAGCCGUGGGGCACAGUAUGAGGUAGACGUAGCAUCCUUUUUGUGGUCCGAGUCUCCAGGUGACCUGCUGAGUGAUGCAGGGUGGGUCAGUGUCAGCCAACGAGGGCAGCACCACCAGAGGAGUAGUCUUGCCAUGAAGACCCAGGCUCUGACACCUUGUGUUCAGAACUUCUGCUCCUCAAUGGAUGCUAAACUAAAGGCCAGGCUGGAUGACCUACAGCACUACCUUCCCUCCCAGAACACAGGUUCUGACUCUAUGUCAGUCAUAGUCCCCUCCUCUGGCUCCACACCCAGCACGUCAGUUUCCUCUUUUAACCGAUUCACUGACUCACCAGCAGUUGAGGAGGCCUUACGGGAAGGCUGCCUGGCCUGUGUUCACAGUAUCUUAACCUCCAUUCGCUCUGAAUUGGCCACAGCCUCUCCAGACCCUGGCCCAGCCCACCUCAGUUCAGUCCUUUUCAUGGCCAGGCUGUGCCAGUCCAUGGGUGAACUCUGCCCCAACCUCAAGCACUGUAUCCUGGGAAAUCAGAGUGGUUCAGAGGCCACAGCAAAAGGAACACCCAGACAGGGCAAGAAGCUGGGCAAAGCCAGGACCGCCACAGAGAUCAGUCCUGCUCAGGCAAAGUGGGCAGGACUACAGGAGGAGCUUGUCAGCUGCAGCAUGGAGGCCUACCGCAUCUGGAGUUCAACCGUAUCAAAAGUACUACUGAAUACAUUUGGCACAGCCCUCCAUGCUGAGUCUGCUGGUGCCAUCCUUACAACCGCAACAAAUUGGGAAGAUCUGGAGAUCCAAGAAGAAGCAGAGUCUGGGAGCAGCGUGACCUCAAAAAUCCGUCUUCCUGUCCAGCCAUCUUGGUUUGUGCAGUCACUGCUAUUCCAGCUGUGUGUGGAGGUUAAUAGGGUGGGUGGCCAUGCUCUACCCAGGCCCACACUGCAUGAACUGCUGCAGGCCUGUCAGGCCCAAGCUCUUGACCACUUCCACAGCCUCACACAGCAGACCCCCAACAGGGAGACCGUAUUCCCUAUGACUCAGAACAGAGCCUUGCAGCUGUUGUUUGACCUCCGUUACCUCAACGCCACACUGGCCUGCAAACUGGAGGAAGGCAAAAGCUCCCGAUCCCAACAAGACCCAAGAUUCAACAAGGUCUGUGAUUGGCUUGAAAGCUUCAUUGACCCAUUUGACCUGGAUGUGUUCACACCUCCACUGAACUCUAACCUCAACCGCCUUUCCCAGAGGACCUCGGUGCUUUUGGGGCUGCUUACAGGCUCAGAGAAACAGUUUUCCUUGCGAAGCAGCAGUGCGAACUCCCAGGAGCCGUACAACAUCCUGCCACUGGCCAGCAGCCAUAUCAGGUUUGGGUUGCUGCCUCUUAGUAUGUCGAAUGUGCGCAAAUCAAAGUCAGCCUCCAGAAGCUCUGAAUCUCAUCAUCAACCUCAGCAGGAGGAUAGCUUCCGACCAGGCAGCCUGUUCAGACAGCUCGUCGAUCAGGAAGAAGACACAGCCGCUCCUUCAUUAUUCAAAAUCAGCUGGCUGUCUGGCAUGGCCAAGUAACCUUUUUUUUUUUGCUCACAACUUUUUUUUUGCCUUUGCUGAAUCUUUGUAAAAAAAAAAAAAAAUUAAAUCAAAAUAACAACAUAUUUAUAGUAAAAAUAAUUUUGUCUCCUGAAGAAUGCAGCUUGUGUUGUUUCUUUCAAAUAAUGAUUAACACAGUUACUUCAACAAAAAAUGAGGAAAAUGAAAGUUGUCAGUUCACAAGCAAUGACAACAGCAUUGUUCACAUUUCAGCUUGCAGAAUUUAUGAGCCUGAAAGUUAGUUUUCACCAUGGGGCAAUUGUCAGUGAAACCCUUUUUUAGUGUUUAUAUUUCAAAUAGCAGGUUCCUGUCACAUUGAUGCUCAGGUCACAGCAGAAAAGUGGCAGAGAUUCUGUCCUUCAUUGGUUCAUUGGUAAUCUUUGAUCAUCAUCAUUUAGAAACUGCAUUUUGUAUUUACUUGGGUUGUCUUUGUGAGAUAUUAAAAUUUGUUUGGUUAUUUGAAACAUUUAAGUGUGAUAAAUAUGAAAAAAAUCAGGAAUCAGAAAGGGGGCAAACACUUUUUCAUGGCAUUCAACUCCUCGAAAAUGUACCUACCUGUUUAAAGGACACACCACAAGCCAUAUGGUUGGUCUGUAGGUUAGUGCCAAGUGGCUGCCUGUCUCUAGUGUCUACAGGCAUGUUGUGUGUACUCUAAAGUGAGACAAAAGGCUGGGACUGGCAUAAAAAUCACACUGCUAAGCAGUGUUUGGCCAGAGUUUUGCAGAGCCACAUGGACACACCAAUGCACAAGUUCGUAGUGCUCACUACAGGGUAGGCCACUACGACAUGCUGAAGGUGCAGACUUGAUACAUAAGUAUAAACCAGGCUUUAGUCUUCUUGUAAUUUGAAUUUUUUAAAUGUCCAUAAAAAUUCUUCAUUACUUUAAAGGGGAAACAUCAAAGUAAAACCACAGUCUUUAGUUUUUAGCGCAUACACUUGGCUAUUCUGGAGUAUACCAACUCAUGAAAUGUAUCUCCACCCACAGCCAUGUAAGCAUGCAGUUGUACUCAUCUGGGCACAACUUAGGGGAUAGAGGGGCAGAGGGAGAAGGAGCUUAUUUGUAUUUAAGAGACACACAUCAAUGUGCUGCAAACAAAAUACAAGUAAAUUUGUGGGGAAUAUUAAAUAUAGUAUGUCUAUACGCAGAUGAUUUUAUUACGUGUACUGGAGGAAGAUCACAUUUAUACUUUUAACACAAACUUUUGAUCUUUUUUUUUAUCACUUCCCUUUGUAACUGCCAAGGAAUAAUUCACCUGUUCAGGCUUGUCUGUUACAAUAAAUCUGAAGCUUUUGCUUAACAACA